AUGUUGCCUCCGCAAAUUUCAUCUACAUUCCACGUUCACAGGGGGCAUAGCCAUCUUAAAUGGUCUAAGGCCAUCGCACCCGUAUUGACCGUCGACUCAAAUGAUAUUGUAACUUUUGACACUGUCGAUGGGAGCAAUGGGCAGAUAACGCCAACCUCGACCGUGGAAGAUAUCCUACAAUUCAAGGCUGAGCUGGCGGACCCCCUCUUUGGCCCCGUGUAUGUGCGCGGCGCCGAACCGGGAGACACUCUGGAGAUUGAGGUUUUGGAGCUGAAAACUGCAGACUGGGGUUGGACUGCUAUUAUGCCUGGCUUUGGGUUACUUACAAACGACUUCCCAGAAGCACAGCUAAAAAUAUGGAAACUUGAUCCCAAUGAUUCAUGUGCAACAUUCAAAGACGGCAUUCGCAUUCCAACUCAUCCAUUUCUCGGUGUUAUGGGAGUGGCUCCUGGCGAAGGAGAGUUCCCCACUAUUCCGCCGCUUGACACAGGAGGCAACAUCGAUACCCGCCAUAUCAUAGUUGGGUCAAAGCUCUUCCUGCCCGUGAAAGUUCCCGGUGCAUUGUUCAGCUGUGGGGAUGGCCACGCUGCUCAAGGUGACGGAGAAGUUUGUGGAACUGCUAUUGAGACCCCCAUGCAAGUGAAGGUACGAUUCACAAUUCGGAAGGACAUGAAAUGGGUCACAUCUCCCAAUUAUGCCUCUCCAUCGUCGGCCCUUACAUUGGCUGAAGACCGGGGAUAUUAUGCCGUUCUCGGAAUUGAUUCGGAUUUGUUAGAAGCUACUCGCAAGGCUGUUCGCGGCAUUAUCGAGUACAUGGUCCAAACAAAGAAUCUGACACUGGUAGAAGCUUAUAUGCUUGCUAGUGUCUCUAUCAGCCUGAGACUUUCAGAAGUGGUGAACAUGCCCAACUACGGUGUUUCAGCCAGCGUGCCACUCAAUAUCUUCUCGCGUUCUUUCUAA